ACGAGGGUGCCACAUACUUAUGAAGUGUGAUAACUUGAUGAUAAUAAUCAGUGAUGAGUGAUGAUAUUAAUCGCUUAAGUACUAAUAAGCAGUUUCAAAAAAUGGCAAAUAGCGUAAAACCAGCUUUAUUUUUUGAAAUAUUUCAUGAAUGUCAAACAACAAAAGCUAGAACUGGAAAAAUAACUCUCAUUCAUCAUUGCGUGGAUACACCUGUAUUUAUGCCUGUAGGGACACAAGGCACAUUGAAAGGUUUAUUAUCUCAGCAACUAGAACAACUGAAUUGUCAAAUUAUUCUUGGAAAUACGUAUCACUUAGGAACAAGACCUGGUCUUAAUGUUAUGCGAGAAGCUGGAGGAUUACAUAAUUUCAUGAAUUGGAAAAGAGCUUUACUGACUGAUUCAGGUGGUUUUCAAAUGGUAUCAUUAUUAGAGCUAGCAGAAAUUACAGAAGAAGGUGUUAAAUUUAAAUCACCAUAUAAUGAAUCAGAUUGUAUGUUGACUCCUGAACACUCGAUACAUAUACAAAAUAUAAUAGGUGCAGAUAUAAUUAUGCAACUUGAUGAUGUAGUUAAGAGUACAUUAAAAGGGCCCAGAGUAGAAGAAGCAAUGCAUAGAACAAGUAGAUGGUUAGACAGAUGUUUAACAGCUCACAAAAGGGCAAACGAUCAGAGUAUAUUUCCUAUUGUACAAGGAGGUCUUGAUGCCAAACUUAGAUCUGAAAGUGCAAAUCAAUUGAUUAAGCGUAAAGUAAAUGGUUAUGCUGUGGGUGGCUUAAGUGGCGGAGAAAGUAAAGAUGAGUUUUGGAAAAUGGUACACCUUACUACAAAUAUACUUCCAAAAAAUAAGCCACGUUAUUUAAUGGGUGUUGGAUUUGCCAUUGAUUUAAUUAUUUGUUCUGCUUUGGGAAUAGAUAUGUUUGAUUGCGUGUUUCCUACAAGAACUGCAAGAUUUGGCUGUGCAUUGGUGCAAACAGGACAAUUGAACCUAAAACAAAUUCAAUAUUGUAAAGAUACAAGACCGAUAGAUGAAUCGUGUGAGUGUAAUACAUGUAAAACAUAUACACGAGCCUAUCUUCAUCAUAUUGUGACAGUAGAAACUGCUGCAUGCCAUUUAUUGUCUGUUCAUAAUAUUGCAUUUCAAAUGAAGUUAAUGCAAAAUAUUAGACAAAGUAUCAACGAACAAAGAUUUCCAGAAUUUAUACAAGUGUAUAUGUUAAAUAUAUAUCCAGACAAAAAAUAUCCUUCGUGGAUAAUUGAUGUCCUUAAAGCUGUUAACGUUAAUCUGUUAUGACAAGUGUUUCUUAGUAAUGCCCAUGCAACAUGAAGUAGAGAAGUAUUGGUCACUAUCUUUUCAAAAUCUUGUAUAUACAAACGAGGGAAGGUAAUGACAGAAGAAUUCCUGAAAUAAACCUACCUCAAAAAGUGGCCAAGCUCAGUUCCAAGCAAUAACCACUUCACAAGUACAUAUUGUAUAUUUCUUAUUUUGUUGUACAUGUAUUUUACAGAAUUAAAUUAUACACAUUUGUAUAUA